AUCUCUUCCAUGUUUUCACCAUGACGCCGUCCGAUUUUUACCACGAGAAAUUCAUUCUUCGUUUUGAACAUGCUUUUCGUGAACAAUUAUGGCUCGUUAGCUGUGUUUCGCGAAAAAAUAAUCGGUGACAUUGAGUUUUGCCUUCUCUACUGUGUUGUACCCUCUUGUACAUAAUAUUUUUAAAAAUCUUGUACGAACAGCAAAGGAUUUCGCCGAAAGAGAAUUUUACAAUACCACCAGAUUUUCGCAGAUAUCGCAUCGAUCACGAUAACGCGUUGAUAUCGUAUAUCUUGAUUGUGUGUGCGCCAGUCCAGUAUUGUCUCCAGACAGAUCCCGUGUCACUUUUACUCCGUUUAUAAUAUAUUUACCAUGGGAACCGAUGACUUGUUGCUGUAUUUUGCUAUAGCAGCCGGUAUUGUUGGUGGUGCUCUGUUGCUGCUCUUCGUUUUAGUGUUCGUACUGUUUGUCAAAGUGAAUCGAUUAUCGAAAGAUGGGUUCAAUCAUCCGAACAGACAGAACAUGAUAGCGGACUAUUGUUACACGAAUCCUACGAUUGUGCCAGGAGAAUUGCUAUCGCGUCGAGGAUUUUCGAUGUAUAGCGGUUCCGAAAACAUUGACGAUGAUUACAGAAUGAAGAGGGAUCAAUCUGGCACUUAUCUCGAGGCACGGUCAAAAUUUUGACAUAAAACCAUAAGUAUAAACAAUUCAUCGAGUGCGUGACUUUGGAAAAUACAAAAGAUGGAUUAAUUUGAUGUUAUUAAUUAAUUAUACUCUUGUAUCGAAUGUUAAGUACGAAUGUCUACGAAUGUUGACAGAGGUGUUGUUCUGUUACAUUUGAAUUUAAUUAUCAUCUGCCAUAAAAUUCAUUUAUGUGUAUAUAUAUUUAACUAUAUAUAAUAUCUCUUUUGUUAUAAGAUGAUCAAAUUAGAAGUAGAAACGUAUUUUUUAUGAAGUAUGGAAUAGUUAAUGGAAAAUAAUACGAACGAUGUGUAAACGUA